GGACACACAGCAGCAAUACGUGGCCAUCGGUUAAUUUCACGCGCUCCUGGAUCAUUUGGACCAAAACUUAAUUAGUGUGGACAGGCUGGGCUACAUCGUGAUAGUUACUGGACUCUCCUAAAUGGAAAUCAGCUUCAAUAUUAGUUAAGAAUGGCCAGAUGUCUCAAGGUGAACUGGAGUGGCCUGUCGUGGCUGCUGAGCGUCUUGGCCCUAAGCCUCGUGCUACUGGUCAGUUUGAGGAGCAGCACUGUGGAUCACGUCGGCACCACUCACGCGCCCCUGGACCCGCACACUUUUCACCGGUUCAAUGUGGACUGCUCUGCCAUAUACGACAUGGACCCCGUGGAAGUGGGGAGAGCUUUAUUACAGAAGAAACAACUUAUGGAGGAGGAACUGGAUGAGGGUUUGACGAAUUUCACAUCGAAUUGCGACGUUUUCCUCAAGUCUAGAGGCUAUAAUGAUGUAUGCGUGACACAGCAGGAGAAGCACUUCCCAUUGGCUUAUUCAUUAGUUGUCCACAAAGACGCGUGGAUGGUGGAGAGACUUAUCAAAGCGUUGUAUACUCCUAACAAUAUCUUCUGUAUUCACUACGAUGAGAAGUCUUCAGAAAAGUUCCGUUCAGCUAUGGAAAGCUUGGCCCAGUGUUUGCCAAACGUUAUGAUUGCUUCAAAAAGAGAAACAGUGUUUUAUGCCACCAUUACCAGAUUAAAGGCAGACUUGCAUUGUAUGUCAGACCUUUUGAAGUCAGAAGUUAAAUGGAAGUACAUUAUCAACCUCUGCGGACAGGACUUCCCCCUCAGAACUAAUAUUGAAUUAGUGAUUGAACUAAGCAAUUUAAAAGGUGGAAACAUGUUAGAGACUUGCAAACCUACUGCGUCUAAAAGCCAAAGGUUCAAGUAUCAUCAUGAAAUUCAAGAUUCAAACGAUGAAUUCAUAAAAACGGCUAUCAGAACAGGACCAGAGAAGAAACCACCACCUCAUGAUAUUGAAAUGUUUACUGGCAACGCUUACUUUGUCCUGUCAAGGGAAUUUGUGGAGUAUAUGCAAUCCUCUGAUGUGGUCAAUGAUUUUUUGGCUUGGUCUGAAGACACCUACUCCCCAGACGAGCAUUUCUGGGCAACCAUUGUGCGUUUGCCAGGUGUACCAGGAGAGGUUCCCCGCUCACAGCCAGAUAUAACUGAUCUGAUGAGUAAGACAAGGCUGGUCAAGUGGUCCUAUCUGGAGGGCUCUCUGUACCCGCCCUGCACUGGUGACCACAGACACAGUGUUUGCGUCUAUGGUAUGGGAGAACUGCGCUGGCUACUCAACUAUGGUCACUGGUUUGCUAACAAAUUUGACCCCAAAAUAGACCCAGUUAUCAUUCAUUGUCUUGAGGAGAAUCUACAGAAAAAGCGAAAGUUACUUCAGUCUCUUACUUCACCUGUGUGCUACUGAGAAAUGGGUUGUUUAAUAAGGUCAAAAUGCAUUAUAGUGACUCUCAUAUAUUUGGACAAACUAUUCAGAACGCUUUUCAUUUUUCAGGCUGUAUGAGAUAUACACUGGCAAAAAUAUACAUAAGUGCAUAAACAAAUAUUGACAUUGAUGCAGAUAUGGGCAGUGUACUUAUUCUACAGCAAGCUGCUCCUGACCAGGGUCUGAAAAUGGUCCCUGGGCACUGCACUUCUGUGUUUCUCCAAAAUGUUUGAAGGAUUGAUCAAAACUCUGCCGUCAUUGGCCUCAUCAAGGAUGACGAUGAUGUGGAGUACAGAGGACUAACACAGGACUUUGUGGACUGGUGUCAGUAGAACCACCUCAUCAUCAAUGCAGGGAAGACCAAGGAGAUGGUGGUGGACGCCACUCUACUGCUCCCUCAGUGAACAUCCAGGGAAGGGACAUUGAGAGAGUGGACUCAUACAAGUACCUGGGUGUUCAUCUGAACAACAAACUGCACUGGACUCACAACACAGAUGCACUGUACAGGAAGGGCCAGAGCCAGAGGCUCUAUCUCCUGAGGAGACUCAGGCCUUUUGGAAUGAGAGGGCCACUCCUGAAGACCUUCUAUGACUCUGUGGUGGCAUCAGCCAUCCUGUACGGUGUGGUCUGCUGGAACAGCAGCAUCACAGAGAGGGAGAGGAAGAAGCUGGACAAGGUCAUCAAGAAGUCCAGCUCUGUUCUGGGCUGUCCUCUGGACUCAGUUCAGGAGGUGGGGGACAGGAGGGUCCUGGCUAAGGUCAUUUCUAUGCUGGGCCAUGAGUCUCACCCCCUGCAGGACUCUCUGUCUUCCCUGGAGAGCAGCUUCUGUGACAGACUGAUUCACCCUCGCUGUGUGAAGGAGAGGUUUCGCAGGUCUUUUCUUCCUGCUACUGUCAGACUGUACAAUGAACACUGUUAACACUAAACAUGAGUCAUUCAACCAGACCUAUGUGCAAUACUCAAGUCACUUUACAGAGAUUAGAGUCUAUUUUUAGUUUAUUUUUAAGUCUAUUUUUAAAAUUAUUUUAAGCUAUUUAUCUAUUUUCCUUCUGUUCUUUAACUGUACGGUGCAAUACUGGAAUUUCCCCACUGUGGGACUAAUAAAGGCAUAUCUUAUCUUAAAAGCAGAAAACACUUUUGCUCACACUGUGGGGACUGUAAAAAAUGCAGUAGAGCCAGUAUAGAAGUAUGUUCCAUACAUGUCUUUUUUCAAAAUGGAAAAUUACAUCAUAGAUGGGUCAGAAAUAAAAGAGUUGAGAGUGAAAAGAGUCAAAUGGUACCAGUAAAAUAACAUGAGAAUGUUUUCAUUUUAGCACUAAGACUGAGAUGGAGGGAAUAAAUAAAGCUGUAUUUACUUAAAUUUUUUAUCUAUCAUAAUGCUGAUAUAUCAUAAACUUGUAUGUAUUUUAUAGUGCGACUCGUGAACCCACAUCCAGUCAGAAUGACAAAUGGAGACUUUUCAAGGUGUGCCCGCUUUAGGUGUGCAGCAGACACAAUCAUUAGUGUAAUCUGGACUCAGUUGAGAAAUAGCGUGCACACCAAAGUCAAACACACUGACAUUAUUGUGUUUUGUUUAACAGGGUAAACGUCACCCAUGGGUGACAUUUACACUCUUCAGACUUACCCUGAAAAUGUUUGUUUCAAGGCAUGUAGCCUUAAAACAAAGACUUUUCAUCGUAGUGCACAGGAAGUUGUAAAUCAAGUCCAAAGGUUCUGUGAUUAUUAAUGUGUGGGCUCAUAAAAUGGAUCUGUCAAACUUAAUAAAUCCAUAAACUUGUUACAGCCAUUUGGACUUUUAAUGCUUUUCAGAGUUGCAUUCAGAGUUACACCAACAGAAUAAUUUCUGCGGUAGAAAUCUUCAGGUUCAAGGUUACAGAUUGGCCUGUAUACAAACUAGUGUGCAAUGACAACAUGAAACCACAUGAAGGCGCUGUGGUUAUUUGUCAGAUGAGCCGCUGGUCUACGGCCAUUCCUCUUUUGUCUUUUUUCUGUUUGUAUCAAAGCUGUCAAAACUUGCCAUAGUAUCAGUGACAGGUUUGAGACGGGGGAGGGCUGUAAAGGGAAGAAGUGUGAACAUAGUGGGGAAAAAUGUUGUUGAAGCUGUGAUAUUUGACAGAAGUUAUUACAUUGUCAUAUCCCUUUGACAUGGAAUAUGAAUAAAGUUGUAACUUUUGCUCCUC